AUGGCAAAUCAGGAAACUGCAGAACUCUUUAGCGAGUCCUACGCCAAACCCCAGGAUGAACAGGAUCCUCUAUCUUCCUUCCGCUCCCAAUUCAUCAUCCCAACAAUCUCCGACCUCCAUGCCAAAACACUUCAACCUUCCUCUCAAGAAAACUCACAACAAUGUACCUACCUCUGCGGCAACUCACUGGGACUCCAACCACGCCUGACAGCUCAAUACCAACAAAACUAUCUCCAAACAUGGGCAACAAAGGGCGUCUUUGGCCACUUUACCGAAAUCGAAGAUUCGAAAUUGCCGCCUUGGUUGCACGUCGAUGAUGAUGUGAUUGGAGAUAUGUGUGAGAUUGUGGGAGCCAAGAAGAACGAAGUUGCUGUUAUGCAAACCUUGACUGCAAACUUGCAUUUGGCCAUGGCGAGUUUCUAUCGUCCCAAUGAGCAGAGGUGGAAGAUCAUUAUCGAGGGAAAAGCUUUCCCCAGUGAUCAUUACGCAGUAGAAUCUCAACUGCUCCAUCACAACCAGGACCCGGCAACCUCCAUGAUCUUGCUCGAGCCAGAGGACCCUCAGAAUCCUAUCCUCAGUACCCAGCAGAUCCUCAACACAAUCGAUAAACACGCCGAUACCACAGCUCUUCUCCUCCUGCCCGGCAUCCAAUUCUACACUGGCCAAUUCUUCGACAUCCCCACCAUCACCGCCCACGCACAAAAGAAAGGCAUAGUCGUCGGCUGGGAUCUCGCCCACGCAGCCGGAAACCUACCUCUCAAACUCCACGAAUGGGACGUCGAUUUCGCAGCCUGGUGCAGUUACAAAUACCUCAACUGCGGUCCCGGCAGCAUCGGCGGCCUCUUCGUGCAUGAACGCCACAGCCAAGUAACUCCCUCUUCCGACUCUUCGAAGUCGCAAUAUCUCCCCAGACUCAGUGGAUGGUGGGGCAGCGACAAGAGCAGUAGAUUCGCCAUGGAAAACAACUUCACCCCUAUCGCUGGGGCGGGAGGUUGGCAAUUAAGCAACCCUUCAGUCGCAGAUAUGACGGCUCUCCGCGCCUCUCUUGACGUCUUCAACAAAACUUCUCUCCCAGCUCUUCGCCAAAAGUCUGUCAAGUUGACUGGAUAUCUGGAAAAAUUGCUCUUGGCUACGAAACAGGAAAAGGAUUUCAAGGAUACUUUCACCAUCAUCACACCUUCUGAUCCUGAAGCAAGAGGUGCGCAAUUGUCCAUUCGUCUGGCGCCUGGAUUGCUCGAUCACGUCAUGCAUGUGUUGGAGCAGAAAGGUGUGGUUGUUGAUGAGAGAAGACCUGAUGUCAUUCGUGUGGCUCCUGCUCCUCUGUACAAUUCAUGGCAGGAUGUUUUGCGAUUCAUGGUUGUGUUCAAGGAUGCUUGCAAGGAGGCUGCGAACAAGAAGGAUGGUGAGGCAGAGUCGUCAGUUAUGGUGGAAGGUGGAAAGGAAGACAAGGGCUGGAGCGAAGUCAAGUAG